AUGCGAACAGCCGCUUUCCUCGGCCUGCUGGCUCUGUCAGCGAGUGCGAGUGCCGCUCCAGGAUCAUCUGCAGCUCAAGCAGGUUCGAGUCGGUCAAUCCAGAACAUGAAGCAGAAGAUCAAGAAUGUUCUCAUUCUGGAGAUGGAGAACCGUUCCCUGGACAACCUGCUCGGUGGCCAAACGAUCAAGGGACUUGAGAAUCCCAUCAACAACGGUCAGCAAACUGAGGAACACCGGGAAUUCUUUCACAUCUGACGUCUUUGUGUCAAGGUCCGUUCUGUAACCCACUGAACGUCUCCCAGCCCAACCAAGGCUACGCUUGCACUGGUGCCUCCGACUAUGACGAGAUUCUCGACGAUCCAGACCAUGCGAUAUACGGCAACAACAUCGAGUGGUACGGCGAGUUCACUCCUGAUAACGCCGCCGUUCAGUCUGGACAGCUGCAAGCUACAAUGCAGGGCUUCUGUGACGAGCAGAUCAGAUUGUACAAUGCUAAGGAGAAUAAGAGUGUGCUCGCUCACCAGGUCAUGCACUACUACACCGAGGAGCAAGUGCCAGUCCUGACUGCUCUCACCAACAACUUCGUCGUUAUGAACAACUGGUUCUCCGACAUUCCUGGAGUAAGUCAACCCUUUGUGAUCUUUCAACUCACAGACUAAUUCAGAUUGCAGCCCACGAACCCCAACCGUGUCGCUCUCACCUCCGGCACCUCCGCCGGCAAAGGCGCCAACAACUUUAACAACGGCAGCAUGAUGCAACGCUCCAUCUUCCAGCAGCUCUCCGAAACCCACCAUACCUGGAAAAACUACGUGACCGACACCACCAUGCAAGACGCCCUCUGGUACAACUGGACGUACACCUCCGGCAACACCAAGCUCGUGCAACCCAUGUCCCAAUUCUACGCCGACGCAGCCAACGGCUCCCUCCCGGAAUUCACCUUCCUCAACCCAUCCUGCUGCGGCGUCGGCACAUCCUCCAUGCACCCCACCGGUCUCGUCUCCGACGGCGAAAGACUGAUCAAGAACAUCUACGAAGCCCUCCGCGCCAGCCCGCAGUGGAACAGCAGUCUGCUCAUCAUCACGUUCGACGAGACAGGUGGUUUCCACGACCACAUGCCUCCUCCCCUCGCCGUCCGUCCGGACAAUCUCACCUACACGGCCACGACUCCCAAUGGACAGAACUACACUUUCCACUUCGAUCGUCUGGGCGGGAGGAUGCCGACCUGGCUCAUCUCCCCUUGGGUCGAGGGUGCGCAUGUGGAAAAGACAGGCACAAACUGCGAUCGCGAGACCGUUGCGUAUUCUUCGACUAGUAUCCUGAGGACGCUUGGGUAUCUGUGGAAUUUCGGGCCUUUCACUCCGCGGGUGGAGAAGGCGCCGAGUUUUGAUCAUUUGGUGAGGGCUUAUCUGCGGACUGAUACGCCGGCGAAGUUGCCUGAGGUUGUUACUUUUUAG